AUGUUUGAGCAUGUGCCAUGGGAUGUUGAAUUGAAGGGGUUUGAUGCUCACACCAGUCUUCGCACAUCUGAGCUUCUCCCUCUACUUGCUGACUCGAUGGUCAAUGGUCGUUUACUUGAUGCUCUUGUUGCCGUUAUCAAUGAUCAUGUGGAUGAACACAAUGGUACUGUUGUCGAGACACUCGAUUUUGCAAAUGUAUUGCUCCUAGACUUGCUCCACGAUGGCACCAUACAGCAUGUCAUUUUCCCUAUCAAUGUCGCCAAUGUUCAUUGGGCUAUCAUUAGCAUGGAUGCUAGUACACAGAUGAUCUUGUAUGGUGACUCGCUUGAAUGGUCCAUGCCCAGUUCAUAUGUUGAUGCUAUGCGCCACUGGUUGAAAAAUCACGGCUUUGCACCAUUUGGCAAAGGAUCCUUGUCUCACGGGGAGCAAACAGACUCCUUUUCGUGUGCAAUCACAGCUCUUAAUACCAUCAAGCACGCUGUCUUCAGGCACUCACUGUUUACCAAUGACUCAAAGUAUCAACUUUACAUGGAGGUGUUUUUGAUGCUAGCAAAGAGCCACUUUGAGUCUGAGCAGCUUUCUGAGUCUUCAGAUGGCUCUUUUGCAGAUGAUGCCAGUGAUUUUAGUGUCGAAUUUUCAUCGUGUCCACCAUCAUAUCCCAGCCCAGUACCAGCAUCACCAGAAUUGCCAGCAUCAUGCCCCUCCCCUCCACCACCAACAUCUACUAGCUCGGAACGUGUUACCUUGAAUCUUAGGGUUUGCGAAGAGGAUAAAUCUGUUGGUUUGUUCAAGUACUUUCCAACUACAACAUGUGAGGAACAUCUCCAAGCGGUGUGGGUUUCUUUCUCUUGGGAGCUAGAGAAUUGUGAGCAGGAUGCCCAUAGGGUUCGUGUUGAAGCAGUAGAACGAGAUAUCCACCGACGUGAGGGAAAUAGGGAACGGAAACAGAACCAACACGCUCGUGAAAAGGCUAUGAAGAAGGCCACUACGAAUGACCCAUCUGACAUUGCUCCUUCCUUGCCAAUGAUGGACCUUGCAGAAGUGUCUUGCCCAUACCGCAAGAUUUGA